CUUGUUCUGUGUCCUACAUAACCCUAACCCUUUGCAAGCAGGUUUUGUUUGGUCCACAACGUCCAGCUGUGAAAAUCUAUUUCGAGAGAUUCUUUUGCACACCUCACUUUGCAGGACAUAACUUCUAUGGCUGGGUUUUCAUAGGAGUUGAGGAUGUGACAUGAAUCACGCAGCUGAAGUCUGGAAUUGUGUAACCCCAUGGUCUGCUGGGGAGAGAGCUGGACUCUACCAAAGACCAUUAAUGCAGCUUAAGUUAACCUAACUACACUGCUUUGGAGGAAAAUGUAUUGUACAAGAAGGAAGCGACUGCAGCUGAGCCGGGUUCUUUUUCUCCUGUCUGGAGUUUUUCUCUGUACCCUAUACCAGCUGACCAUCAGUGCCCGGCUGUAUGGGCCUUUUCCAAUGCCUCAGAUUGGAGAAGAUUUUGGAGAAGGUUCGACCGAGGGCAUUGAAGAGGCUACAGUAGAACCUGGAGGGCUGGAGGAACCUCUUACUGCAACACACGAGUUAGAGCCCACAGAUCAAACGACUCCACAGAUGCAAGUGGUGCAUCAUACAGUUCCCACUUCAGAUUUAAAAACACCCACCAGCACUGAAUCACCAUCAUUGCCAACGACGAACCGGACUAUUGUGCACUGCAUCUACGUGGCCCCCGAACCUCCACUUGAGACACCCAGACCUGCUCCACCUCCUCCACCUCCUCCACCUCCUCCUGUAACUACCAUCUCUCCAGCUCCCCCUGGUGAAACUCCACACGUAAAGGGCGAAUACCCUGAGGAUAUCUUUUCUAUUGAGGAUCGUAGACGAGGCUGGGUGAUCCUCCAUGUUCUUGGGAUGAUAUACAUGUUUGUGUCCCUUGCAAUUGUGUGUGAUGAGUUCUUUGUUCCUGCACUGGGGGUAAUCACAGACAAGCUGGCCAUCUCCGAUGAUGUGGCAGGAGCCACCUUCAUGGCCGCCGGAGGUUCUGCCCCUGAGCUUUUUACUUCCUUGAUAGGAGUCUUCAUCGCCCACAGCAACGUGGGUAUCGGCACGAUUGUCGGUUCAGCAGUUUUCAACAUAUUGUUUGUGAUUGGAAUGUGUGCUUUGUUUUCUCGGGAGGUUCUUCACCUAACUUGGUGGCCACUUUUCCGAGACGUGUCGUUUUACAUACUUGACCUCAUCUUGCUCAUUAUCUUCUUCCUGGAUAACAUCAUAAUGUGGUGGGAGAGCGUAUUACUGGUGACCUGCUAUACUCUCUAUGUUGUUUUCAUGAAGUUUAAUGUGCAAAUAGAGCGAGCGUUCAAGACCCAGCUCCACAAACACAAGAGCAUUGUCAAAGUUAUUGCUGUGGAGGAACCGGAAUCGACAAGUGGGGACGAUGGAGAUAAUGCCCCUGCUGCUCCAGAGGACAACAAUCGGUUAAAGUUGAAGCCAGCCCUUCAGCGAGGGGGGAGUUCAGCUUCUUUGCACAACAGCACCAUGAGAAACACCAUCUUCCAGCUCAUGAUUCACACAUUAGACCCUCUCGGAGAGGGGAAAUUUAAGGAUAAGGCUGUGACUCUGAAUAAUGUGGCUAGACGGAAGGCAGAGAGCAAAACUCAAGACAAAAGUGAAGGUGGCGGGAAGAAACCUGAGCAGACCAAAGAGCCAGAGGCUGCCCCGGCGACGGAAGCGGAGAAGAAGGAGCCGCCAGAGGACAAGAAGGUACUCUCCAACCAUGUCCUGAAGCCUGUCAAAAAAAAGCCCAGAAGUCAGUCUUUGAUACCUGUCUAUGACGACGUGCCAGCGGAGCAGGAGAAGUCAGGAGGCUCAGAAGGAUCUGGCAGUGACGAAGACGACAGCGACGAUGACAGUGACGAGUCCAGUGAAGACGAGGAUGACGAUGAUGAUGAAAGCGAAGAUGAGGAGGAGGAAGAGGAGGAAAAAGAGGAGCCUCUGUCCUUAGAGUGGCCGGACACGCCGCGUAAGCAAGUCACCUACCUCAUCCUGUUGCCCAUAGUCUUCCCGCUGUGGCUCACAGUUCCAGAUGUUCGCAACCAGAAAUCCAAAAAGUUCUUUGCGGUCACCUUCCUGGGAUCUAUUAUGUGGAUCGCUAUCUUCUCCUACCUCAUGGUGUGGUGGGCCCAUCAGGUGGGUGAGACGAUCGGCAUCUCAGAGGAGAUUAUGGGCCUGACUAUCUUGGCAGCAGGGACUUCCAUUCCUGACCUCAUUACCAGUGUGAUUGUAGCUCGUAAAGGCCUGGGGGACAUGGCUGUGUCCAGCUCUGUGGGCAGUAACAUCUUUGACAUCACUGUGGGUCUACCAGUCCCCUGGCUCAUGUACUCGUCAUUCCACGGUUUUGCUCCAGUGGCCGUCAGCAGCAACGGGCUCUUCUGCGCCAUCGUGCUGCUCUUCCUCAUGCUCCUCUUUGUCAUCAUCUCCAUAGCGACAUGUAAAUGGAAGAUGAAUAAGGUGCUAGGUUCCACCAUGUUUGUCCUCUACUUUAUCUUCCUGGUGCUCAGCGUGAUGCUGGAGGAUCGUAUCAUCAUCUGCCCCAUUUCCAUUUGAACGUGUGAACAGACGUUUUCAACUGGCGCGGUCAUUCUCUACGUUUGUGACCUGAAGAAGAACUGCGUGAGGCUGAAGAGCCCGGAUCAGGAAAUCUAGAGAAACCACCCAGGACGCUGCCCUAGUUACUCGCCGUUGUCGGCAGCCGCAUGUCCACACACACUCACUUUUAGUAACAGUGGCAGCUUUUACGUUCAAGUGAUAUAGCAUAGACUGUGCAGUACAAGAAUGACCACUCGACAUUUUUCACUGUUUACACAACACUGUCUGUAAAAUGAAAUGAGAGAACUAGAAUAUGUGCACGUUUUUGAAAACGUAGGUUUCCAAAUGUGAUAUUUUGUAUUAUAUGUAAAUGCUCCAACACCUGUUUUAUAAUGUUCAUGAUAGAGAACCAGAGCUUGCUUGAACUUAGAGUUUUAAAGAAAAGGUGAGACACGACAUCCAUAGAAUAAACGUGUUUAUUCGUAAAUGAAGGCAAACUAGAUCCAGCCAGGGAAGAAAAUCGAUUUCUUUCUUUUAUGUAAAAAUCAUACAAAUUACUUUCUGUGUUACAAAUGAUAAAUAACACUUUGGAAAAAUUGCUCAAAUUGACAAAUGGUGUAAACAACAUGUAGACAUACAAUUACGUUUUGGUCAUCAGUGUUUUUAUAGUCACUCGGU